CGAAGUUUGAACUCAAAUGAACUAAACAAACUAAACUGUGCUGCAAGGUGUUAUCAGAACACUCCCGACCUUUUUCAGCACCGUCGAUAACGCCGCCUGUAUUGUCGUCACAGGAUUCUCAGACAUGGGUUGGAAAGCUGCUGAGAAACUAAUCAGACAUUGGAAGAUACUUCGUGGCGAUAAUGUGAUGAUAAUUCGUGGGAAAGAUAAGGGUGAGACUGGAACAAUUAAGCGUGUCAUCAGAUCCCAGAAUCGUGUCAUUGUUGAAGGAAAGAAUCUUAUCAAGAAGCAUAUAAAGGGAGGCCCUGAUCAUGAAGGUGGGAUUUUCACUGUUGAGGCUCCACUUCACGCCUCAAAUGUCCAAGUUGUUGACCCAGUUACUGGGAGGCCUUGUAAGGUUGGUGUAAAGUAUCUAGAGGAUGGAACAAAAGUAAGAGUGGCCAGAGGCACAGGCACAUCUGGUUCCAUUAUUCCUCGUCCAGAGAUUCUGAAGAUAAGGACUACACCAAGACCCACUACCGCUGGACCUAAGGAUACACCAAUGGAGUUUGUUUGGGAACAGACAUAUGAUGCUAAAACAGGAAAGGGCAUGCCUGAUCUUUGAGUCAUAUGAUAUGCUAAAACACCAAUGGAGCUUGUUCCAAAAAAAAUUGUUGCUGCUCCCAAAAUGAUUCUUCUUUUUACCAUCCAUUACAGUUUGAUUUGAAUCAAGAGCUGUGAACAGAUGAGGUUUUGUUGAAGAAGCUUUGAUCCUGACGAAAAUAAGUUUUAUUCUUUUUUAGUUGCUCUUGUGAACUGUUUCAAAGUGCCAAAUAAAAUCAUUGGUAGAAAGAUUCACACAGUUCACAAAAUUCAGAAUUGCCUAUUAGACCUGUGGUU